GUGCGCGGCGGGCGGGCACUGUGCGACACAAUGAGGCGAGUGGUACGACAGAGCAAAUUUCGGCAUGUGUUUGGGCAAGCAGUGAAAAAUGACCAGUGUUAUGACGACAUCCGGGUUUCCCGUGUUACCUGGGAUAGUUCCUUUUGUGUAGUAAACCCCAAAUUUGUUGCAAUAAUCAUAGAAGCUAGUGGUGGUGGAGCGUUCCUGGUGCUGCCCUUGCACAAGACAGGCAGAAUUGACAAGUCGUACCCAACAGUAUGUGGUCACACAGGACCGGUGCUUGACAUAGACUGGAGUCCCCAUAAUGAUCAGGUCAUUGCCAGUGGUUCUGAGGACUGCACUGUCAUGGUAUGGCAGAUCCCAGAGAACGGACUCACUCUCUCCUUGACGGAGCCUGUGGUAGUUUUAGAAGGCCAUUCAAAAAGAGUUGGCAUCGUUGCUUGGCAUCCAACUGCACGCAAUGUGCUGCUCAGUGCAGGUUGUGAUAAUAUAGUCAUCAUCUGGAAUGUGGGAACAGGUGAAGCCCUUAUAAACCUGGAUGACAUGCAUCUGGACAUGAUUUACAAUGUGAGCUGGAAUCGCAACGGCAGCCUCAUCUGUACAGCUUCUAAAGACAAAAAAGUCCGAGUGAUUGACCCUAGGAAACAAGCAAUCGUUGCUGAGAAGGAGAGGGCCCAUGAGGGAGCGCGGCCCAUGAGAGCCAUCUUCCUCUCCGAUGGCAACGUCUUUACCACCGGCUUCAGCCGCAUGAGUGAACGGCAGCUCGCCCUGUGGAAUCCUAAAAAUAUGGAAGAGCCAAUAGCCCUGCACGAAAUGGACACUAGCAAUGGGGUGCUGCUUCCAUUCUACGACCCGGACACCAAUAUCAUUUACUUGUGUGGCAAGGGUGACAGCAGCAUUCGCUACUUUGAGAUCACCGAUGAAUCCCCAUAUGUCCACUACCUCAACACCUUCAGCAGCAAAGAACCGCAGAGGGGGAUGGGGUUCAUGCCAAAGAGGGGCCUGGAUGUGAACAAGUGUGAAAUCGCCAGAUUCUUCAAACUUCACGAGCGGAAGUGCGAGCCCAUUAUCAUGACUGUCCCCCGAAAGUCUGACCUUUUCCAAGAUGACCUGUAUCCUGAUACGGCUGGUCCUGAAGCAGCUCUGGAAGCUGAAGAGUGGUUUGAGGGGAAGAACGCUGAUCCCAUUCUCAUUUCUUUGAAACAUGGGUACAUUCCAGGCAAAAACCGGGAUCUCAAGGUGGUCAAAAAGAACAUAUUGGACAACAAGCCUGCAGCAAACAAGAAAAGCGAUCUCAUUAACACCCCAAAGAAAGCAGCAGACACCUCAAAUAUUCAAAACGAAGCCAAAUUGGAUGAGAUUUUGAAAGAGCUUAAAUCUAUAAAAGACACAAUCUCCAAUCAAGAUGAGCGCAUUUCCAAGUUAGAACAGCAGAUGGCGAAGAUGACGGUUUGAGAGCAAAGGGAGCAGAACUUUAAGCUGGAGCAGGGCUGGGG